AUGGCAAAGCAAACUCCACCCAUCAUCACGCUUCUCUCUUUGCUUAUUCUCCUUUUCAUGAUAUCAAUAACUACAGAAGGGACUAAGAAGUCGUCAUAUGAAAAAUUGUUUGUAUUUGGAGACUCCUACGCUGACACAGGAAAUUUUUUAAACUCGCCAUCUUAUAAACCUCCAUAUGGAAUCACAUUUCCUCAUCAACCCUCUGGAAGAUUCUCCGAUGGUCGUGUUCUCACCGAUUAUAUUGCUUCCUCUUUGAAAAUAAAAUCUCCUGCACCAUAUUCAUUGAGAAAUUCAUCUGAUCUUCAAUUUGGUAUAAACUUUGCCUACGGAGGAACUGGUGUUUUCGACACAUUUCUUAAAGGACCAAACAUGACAAUCCAAAUCAACUCAUUUGAAGAGAUAAUCAAACAAAAUAUAUAUACUAAAUCCGACAUUGAUUACUCAGUUGCCCUAGUCACUGUUGCUGGUAACGACUAUUUUCAAUAUUUGUUUAAAGAUGGGAAGAACAUUAAGGAGAUAUUAGAUUUCAGUGCUUCACUUAUAAACCAAUUGUCAAUAAAUCUUAAACGCAUCCAUAACGUGGGAAUAAAUAAAAUAAAAAUUGGACUAUUAGAGCCUGUUGGGUGUUUGCCGGUAAUAACUAAAACAUAUGAUAAGUGCAAUGACACUAUCAACAUGCUGGUCAUGAAGCACAACGAGUUACUUCUUCAAACUGUGGAAGAUCUGAACAAAGAAAGUAAAUCGGUUUUCGUGACAUUAGACCUCUACAAAUCUUUUCUCUCCGUGAUUGAAACAAUGCAGAAAAAGCAUUAUGGAAACUCGAGAGUCGCGAAUGUGUUGCGACCGUGUUGUGUUCCAGAGAGUUCAAAUUAUCAGUGCGGAAGUGUAGAUGAGAGAGGAGAGAAGAGAUAUAGUUUAUGUGAUAAUCCAGAGAGUUCAUUCUUUUGGGACGAUUUUCAUCCUACUCAAAAUGGAUGGGAUGCUGUUUACAAGAUGGUGCAAACUUCUCUAUCCUUAAUUUGA